AUGGGUUUCGUGAAAGUAGUCAAGAACAAGCAGUACUUUAAAAGAUACCAAGUCAAAUUCAAGAGGCGCCGAGAAGGUAAAACUGACUACUACGCCCGCAAACGCCUCGUUGUUCAGGACAAGAACAAAUAUAAUACACCUAAGUAUCGUCUCAUUGUACGUCUGUCCAACAAAGAUGUUACAUGUCAAGUUGCCUAUUCACGUAUAGAGGGUGAUCACAUUGUUUGUGCAGCAUACUCACAUGAACUCCCUCAGUAUGGUGUUAAAGUAGGUCUUACUAAUUAUGCUGCUGCAUACUGUACUGGAUUGCUGCUGGCCAGACGCUUGCUUCAACGUUUGGGACUUGACUCUCUUUACACUGGCGCAACUGAAGUAACUGGCGACGAAUACAAUGUAGAACCAGUUGAUAACGGGCCUGGAGCUUUUAGAUGUUACCUAGAUGUGGGUCUUGCUCGCACAACAACCGGAGCACGUGUAUUUGGAGCCAUGAAAGGUGCAGUUGAUGGAGGUCUUAAUGUUCCACACUCUAUUAAGAGGUUCCCUGGAUAUGAUGCAGAAGCUAAGAAGUUUAAUGCAGAAGUACACAGGUCACACAUAUUUGGCCUACAUGUUGCUGAAUAUAUGCGCAACCUUGAACAAGAAGAUGAGGACUCAUUCAAGAGGCAAUUCAGCAAAUACAUAAAGCUUGGUGUCAGUGCUGAUGCAAUUGAAACCAUCUACAAAAAAGCGCAUGAAGCAAUACGUGCUGAUCCAUCUCAUAAGAAGAAGGAAGCUAAGAAGGAGAUUGUUAAGCAGAAGAGGUGGAACAAGCGCAAGUUGACCCUGGCAGAAAGGAAGAACAGGAUCAAGCAAAAGAAGGAGUCCUAUAUCAAGAAACUGCAGGCACAGGCAGAAGCUUAA